AUGGAGAAAUACAAGCGUACUUGUCAAGUGAACACUGUGAAUGAUGCUUAUAACAUAGAAACUUGCAUGGAUGUGUUAGAGGGUAGGGAGGGUGUUGGAUGUCAACAACAUUUUCGUGCUUGUGCAAAGUUCAAGGACCCUGAGUGGUGUCAAAUGUUUAUGAAGAUGUCUGCAUUGCGUACAAUGGAAAAUACAGCUACCCAAUCAAGUGAUGACUCACUAAGCUCAUCAAGCAGUUUAGAUGAUGAAAUGGACGAUAUGGUAGUGCGGUUUCUAAAUAAAGACGUCCUUUUAGAUAAUGAACAAAGUUCCAACCAUCAUCGAUUGACUGAAUUAGACAUGUCAUCAUCACAACUCAAUGCUAUGUCGCACUUGAGGGAUACAAUGGCUGCGAGUAUGUGGGCUGCUGUUUCUCAUGGUGGUUGA